UACGGAUGAGUAAAGGGAGAUAACCAAAGGCAAAAUGGCAGCUCGAGGUGGAAAGGUUGUUCAAGGAAUGAAAAAAGCUGUAACUAAAGUUGUUCACCCUCCAUUUAUGAAGACUUACAUACCUGCGGGGAUGGCGUCACCUGCCCCACCCCUGGGACCUCAACUUGGACAGAGAGGAAUUCAAAUUGCAGGAUUUUGUAAAGAAUUUAAUGAAAGAACUGAUAACAUUAAAAAGGGUAUCCCACUACCUACAAGAAUAACAGUAAAUCCUGAUAGAACUUUCAGCAUAGUCAUACACAAUCCUCCUGUUACAUACUUCCUCAAACAAGCAGCUGGUACACAGAAAGGGGUCAUGAAAACGGGUCAUGAAACAGCAGGAAAGGUCACUUUAAAACACGUCUACGAAAUCGCAAAAAUAAAAAGUCAAGAUCCAACUUUUGAGAAUGUCCCGAUGGAGUUGAUAUGCCAAAAAAUAAUAGGAAGUGCUCAUAGUUGUGGCAUUGAGGUCGUAAAAAACCUGACCGUCGAAGACUAUAGUCAGUUUAUUCAAGACCGUCAAGUAAUUUUAGAACAACAAAAAGAAGAAUUAGAAGAAUUACGUCAAGCAAAGAUGUUACGUUUAUAGAAUAGAAUAAGUGUGGAUUUAAUGAGGACAAAGUCUGUAUGAUUGAAAUGUACUGUGCCAUUUUUACUCAAGUAAAAGUAGAAUUAUAUACUGCAGUGUAAGGGGUGGGGCGCUGUAUAGCUCCCAAAAAGCAAUAUAUAAUUAUAGGGGUAGCAAGUGGGGUUACUCGACUGAGCAUUGUGGGAUAGAAUUAUCUCAAUCCCUCAUCAGGUGUCAACCGAGUAAACGUUGAAUAUGGCUACUAUCUCUCGACCAAUCACUAUGGCUGUAAGGUUUUAUCAUGUCGUGAUUUCAAUCAAACCAAUUGUAUUUUGGGAUAGGUAGAACUGUGACAGAACUCAAUUCUGUGUUACUUAAUUGCAGUUCUGUCAAAUCACAACAUUCUAGACCGACGAUCGAGCUUCCCCCCACCCCACUCCACCCUGUUACAUGUGAUUGACUUUUAUCAAUAGUGAUAUAAAUCAAGGUUCUGUUGGGUGUCAGAAAUGAAAAGCCAUCCCUUCCUUCAAAACCUAAAUACAAGAUUACUAGUAUUUCUCUUCAUUUUACUUCAUUUAAGUUACCAAAGAAAUCUACACAAGACUAAUGUGAAAUAGAUUUGAUAUAGAACUAAUGUUUAAUUUGAUAAAUCAAGAUAGGACUCGUGGGAAAUAGACUGAUAUGGAAAUAAUGUUUAAUUUGAUAAAUCAUGUAACUAAAACAGUGCUAGAUGUUUGUCACCUUGUAAUAAUAAAACUAGUAAAAUAGGCCAGGUGACACCCCCCCUUGGAUCUGCGCCUGACAAUGCUAGAGGUUGUCACCAUGUAAUAAUAAAUCAAGUAAAAUAUUACUUUUAUAUAAAUUU